CGUUCUUAUGGGAGAUUUAGAAUAAAUUAAUUUAAUUUUGACACUAAUAAACUUUCUACAGUAACAGGACACGGUCACAACACUGCAACUAAUAAACAGCAUAGCCAGGGACCAAUGAAAAGAUUUAACUGUCAAAGCUCAUGUGAAACCACCCGAUGGAUGAACAUGGAGGCAGCCCAACAAACGAAGAAAACAAGCACAAGACUUACAUCGUGGACUCAAAGAAUGAGAAUGAAGAGACGACAGAGGAGACUGAGGACGAUCUGGAUAUGCUGGUGCCUCAUGAAGUGCCAACAGGAGUUCUGACUGUACAUAUAAAGGAUUGCAAAGUGUUUCCAAACAUCUACUUUCAGUUUUUUCUCAGGAUAUCUAUUGGUGGAAAGGAAAAGUGCACCAAGCUUCAAAGCAACAAAGAUGCCAGAGGAGGCAAAGCAGAUUUCUCACUUUGCUUUGAUGAGUGGAAAUACUUCUCCAUCCAGAUACCUGAGCAGAAUUCCAGAGCUGUGAAUCCCAAUCAAAUCAUGGUGGAGCUUCUUUUCUUUGAGCCAGCAGCAAGAGAUCCCAAACCAAUGGGCAGUGCUUUCUUCAACGUGUUGAAAGUUCUCAAUGAAUCCAUUGUCACUCACCAGUUUAAUGUGAUGCUCAAUAAGCAGGUUGUUUGCAAGUUAGAUGUUGAGAUGGCCAUAACAUAUGGGUCAUUUGGUUAUGGACACUCUCAUCAGGUGAAGCAUCCUGAAAGGACUGUGGAGGAACAAGUGGAAAAAUCACUUUUUCCCUGUUGUCUGUCAACCGACAACUUCCAAGAUCCUGAUUAUAAUGAAAAAACCACUCAGUCCGACAUUAUUUCUCAUUUGAUUCAAAGAGACAGCCAAGGAGGCAGAGAUUCCAGCAAUCUUAUGAACCAAAUAGAGAAGAGAGGCAGCCUGGAAUUAAGCCACACCAUGUUGGCCCGUCUGGCCAGAGGAGAACUGACCCCCCGACUGAGCUUGGUUUCUCCCAAAAUUUAUUUUCUCCAUUUCUCUUUCUGAUGGAGUUUGGGUUCCUUGCCACUGUCGCCUUUUGGCUUGCUUGGGGACACUUAAUAUUUGGCAAUAUAAUUGCACGGACACUAAUGGAUAAGAACUGAAGUGAGCUGAUGAUGACAUCACUGUUUUCUCCAGAGCUGCUAUAAAUAAAUAAUAAAAUAAAAAAUGUAAAUAAAUAUUGUGCAGAGAUUUUUUGUGUGUUUAUGUGUGUGCGUAACAAUUUAUAAUUAUUCACUUACAGAAUCGUUCUAAUAUUCCUUCCUUAUUAGCAUGGGUCUUUUUACCCCAUUAAUUCCUGACACCAACUUCUAAAAAUCUUCACACGUUUAAUUUAUAUUUUAAGAUAUGGGGGUAAAAAUGUCCUUUAUUUUAUACAAAAGCUUAAUAAACAAGAUAAGUGGCAUAAAUCUAAACACAGCAUUGUCAAUAACAUGUGUUUUUUUGCUAACAAAACUCAUUAUGUAUCAGAAUACUGACCAAUUUAAUAUUUUAGUUUGACAGUCAUUUCACACUAUUCUCACUGCAUUUAAAAAGAGCUGUGCAGAGACUCUUCAGAUGCCCCU